AUGCGCACCCUCGGCGACUACAUUGCGGCAAAAAAAUCUGUGUAUUCGCCAACUUUUCCGCCUCCGGUUGCUACUACUAAACCUGGACUUGGCAUUCCACUCGCAAGUGCCGAUCAACUUUCUGCCCAAACUUUUAUGCAUCAUCCAUUUGCACUUCCACCCAAUGUAUACUCAGCUACAUCGCCUCCAAACACUUUUCUUCACUCGUCCUGUAUGACACCUCCAUCUUCUGCUUUUGUGCCAGAUAACAAGUCUCUAGCGAUCACUAUAAAUUCUAAUCAGUCAGAGGUUAUUUCUUCGACUCUGGGUACCUCCAUGAUAAGAAACUUAGGUCCUCAAUCUACCUUUUCCACCGGCGCAUUUACCGGAAAUUCGAGCCAUCAGACAUCAUUAUCAGUUUCUGCUACAAAUGGAACCACCAUUCAUCCUGUCAUCCUGCCACCUAUCACAUUGGCUUCUCUUGGUCCUCCACCUCUCGUAUCCUCUGGAGUCUAUUCUGGCUGGCCUCAACCAGCCUUUUGCCCUGGGGCAGACCAGAAAGCUUUUCCCGCUGGUCUUACUGAAUCACAAAAUUCUAUGAAGCAGCCCAAAAUUUCACAGCUACAACAGCCUACCCAACCUCUUCAGCUACAGCCAUCGCAGCAAAUAUCUUUGCCAUUGCCUUCUUUGUCACAGAAUACCAAUCAACAAGUGCAGCUGCAACACCAAUUUCCCAAGGCUUUGCCUCCUGCUCAGCCUCUUCAGCAUCAUGAGCAGCAAUUGCAGCUAAUGCAGCCUCCCGUUUAUUACCAUCAGUCCCCACAGCAGCCCUUACUGACCUGGCAA